AUGAGUAUGGAGUAUGCACAAAAAAGAUUUCCCAAAGCUUUUGGGUAUCGGAAGAUCUACACUGCAGGAGUGAGAAGCCUCAAGUCACUCAGGAGUAGAACAAGCAAUGCGCCCAGUCUGUGCCGAGAUUCUGUGGUAGCACAGUACGUUAAAAUGCAGAACCCACAGAAAGAAAAAUAUGUCAGUGUGAGACUGGGAUCUUGGAAUAAAAGAGGAGGAAAAAAUGAAUUCUGGGAUGAGUUGAAUAAAAUAAUGACUAGGACACCUGAAAAAGGAAUGGUGAUUUUAGGAGGGGACUUAAAUGGACAUGAAUUAGGGAAGGUCAAGAGCACAGUAGAUUUCAUUUUGGCAAAAAGAUAUAGCCACAGGUGCUUUAAAAAUGACAGAACGUUUUGUAAUGAAGCAUGUGUUAAGAAGUGUUAA